AACCGUAUUAUCAAUAUCAGGACUGACCUUGGUUAGGGCGCUGUAGAUCUCCCUCUGACCUAGUCUGUGCACGGCCUCGAUGAUAGAAAUCCUUCCUGAUAGCCUGAUAGGCUCAGUGAAAGCCGGCAGAGCUGACAGGGAAAGCAUUCAGGACCUGCAUUUUGUGGUCGUGAGCCCUAGCUCUGUAGUAGGCUGUACAGCAAGGUUUGUAGUGACGACGCUAACCCAGUGGAAUCACGGUAUCAUUUUCAUCACUUGGUUGGGAUUGUUGGCCCAAGAAGACUGCCCUUAGCCGUGUUGUACUUCUCAGUGCUAGCUAUCCGCCAGCUUUCGGCAUUGCUUCAGUUGAAUCAUUCGUUGUACCGAUCAGAAGCUACACAAACACAUUCGCUACGACAUGGCUGCACCAAAGGAAGGAGGCCAGAAGCCGUCGUUGGACGCGCUGGCCCCAGAUACACGCCGCUCGCUGCUGUUUGGACCGAGAGCCAGUACCAAGAAUUUGACGGGUUCCAGGCAAUCGUUCACGCGGAGCACGCUCAAUAUGUUCAAUCCGGCUGCCAAAGACUCCACUGUUCAAGCACCACGAAUUCUCUAUGAACCAACAUACAAAAUGAAGCCAGAUGUGAAGUUCAGUCCUGCAAAGGUGGAAGCUGUUGCAAAGCAAGCACUGGAGGAGAAUCUCAAGGACAUGAAGUAUAGCCGAGAGACAUGCAGACAAAUGACCUUCACGCUGACCGAGCUUAUCCGCAACAGAGUGAAAGAGUUGAACUACGAGCGUUACAAAAUCGUCUGCAUUGUCAACAUUGGCUCGUUUCAAGACCAAGCCAUGAAAGUAGUCAGCCGAUGCCUUUGGGACCCGGAAACUGACACAUUUGCCUCCGUGUCAUUCCGUAAUAAGACACUGUAUGCGACGGCAAUAGUGUAUGGUGUAUACUGGGAAUAGCACGGCUGAUACCAAUCAGA